CAGCGGGCAUCGGGUCACCAGGCAUGACAGCGGGCACUGGGUCAUCAGGCAUGGGAUCGUCUGGCUCGACAGCGGGCAUUGGGUCACCAGGUAUGACAGCGGGCACUGGGUCACCAGGCAUCAGGUCAUUUGGCUCGCCAGCGGGCACCGCGUCAUCUGGCAAGGCAGUGGGCACCGAGUCACCAGGCACGACAGUGGGCUCCGAGUCAACUGGCAUUGGAUCGUCUGGCCACAGUGGGCAUCGGGUCACCAGCCAUGACAGCGGGCACGGGGUCAUCAGGCAUUGGAUCGUCUGGCUCGACAGCAGGCAU